CACGAGCCCCGCUGGUGGAGAUCCACCCAUUCAGUCUGCAACAGAUCGUAGUGCGUCGUGAGCUGCGGGUAAGUCCCUACAGAUCACCUUUCACGGUUGGAAGCCCCUCCGGUGGACAACUUCGUGGAAGAGAUCGAUGACUCCUUCCCGGGUGAGCGAUUGCUGGCGAUGACAUUGGUGGACAGCGUGGCCCCUUGGUAUUCUGACUUUGCCAAUUAUCUAGUGGGAAAGCAGUUACCAAAGGGGAUGGCCACUCAUGCAAAGCGCAAGUUCUUCUCCGACCUGAAGCAUUACUUUUGGGAGGAUCCUUACCUCUUCAGGAUCGGAGCAGAUGGCGUGAUCCGGCGCUGUGUCAUGGAGCACGAGAUGGGAGACAUCCUGUCUCAAUGCCACGAGGGACCUACUGGAGGUCACCAUGGAGGGAACCGCACGACGCGGAAGAUGCUACAGUCGGGCUUCUAUUGGCCCUCGCUCUUCAAGGAUGCAGACACCUUCGCACGACAGUGCGACCGCUGCCAAAGGUCAGGUAACAUUUCUUCCCGGGAUGAGAUGCCCCAACAUAUUUCUGUCAUUUGUGAAAUUUUUUAUGUUUGGGGUAUCGAUUUCAUGGGUCCAUUCCCUCCAUCUUUUGGCAAUCUGUACAUACUGGUUGCAGUGGACUACGUCUCGAGGUGGGCAGAUGCUCAAGCCAUGUCCACCAAUGAUGCAAGACGGGUCUGCUCAUUUUUUAAGCAGCUGUUCUCCCGGUUUGGGACACCUCGCGCCAUCAUUAAUGAUAGAGGAACCCAUUUUCAAGGGCAAUUCACUAAACUCCUCUCUCAUUAUGGUGUUAAGCAUCAGGUGUCGGUGGCUUACCAUCCCCAGUCAAAUGGGCAAGCCGAGCUGACGAACCGGGAUCUUAAAAGAAUAAUUGAAAAGACGGUGGAUCAGUCUCGCAAGGAUUGGUCCACCAAGCUCGAUGAUUCUCUCUGGGCAUAUAGGACGGCCUAUAAAAACCCGAUUGGCACGUCCCCCGAUAGGCUUGUCUAUGGGAAGGCGUGUCAUUUGCCAGUAGAGCUAGAGCACAAGGUCUUCUGGUCCCUUAAGCUGCUAAACCUGGAUUUGAGUGUUGCAGGUACUGAACGUAAGUUGCAGCUGCUGGAGUUGGAGGAAUGGCGUUACCACGCCUACGAGAACACCCUUCUCUACAAAGAGCGAACCAAGCGUCUCCACGACGCUCGUUUGAGGGGCCGAAGGAGUUUCAGGUAGGUGAUCAUGUUGGCUCUUUAAUGCACGCCUGAAACUCUUCCCAGGCAAGCUACGUUCGAGGUGGUCGGGACCCUUCAUGGUCACCCACGUAUUCCCGCAUGGGGCGGUGGAGAUCAUCAAUGCUCAAACUGAGCCAUUCAAGGUAAAUGGCCACCUCCUAAAAUUGUAUUUGGGAGGUGCUGUCGAGCGUGCAGAGCUGCUGAUCAAGCUCGAGGACCCUUAGUUCCUCUACUAGCAUCCAGCGAAAAGACGGUAAAGAAGCACUUGUGGGGAGGCAACCCCAACACGGUUUGCAUCUCUGUCCUUUUUUCCUUUUUACUUUUGUCGGUUUUUGAGUCUUUGAGUCUGUCUGGAAAGUAUUUCGUGCCUCGAGCGGUUUGUUUUAAUAUGUGACUGGGUAUUUUUUUCGAGCCGGGGCACGGAUGAGUUUUGGUGGUUUGAAAUCGUGAUUUUGAAAAAAUGCAGAGGUGGGCUCGACAUAAAUAACACGGCCCAGGAACACGACCGUGUUUGUAUUUAGUCCAACCCAUGUUUUUCUUCCUCAUCAGUUCGACUCUCGGCAUAAAAAAUAAUGGCGUGCUCUUUUCGUGUACACGGCCGUGCUCUUCAUGCCUCCUGCCCGUGCUUUGGCUCCAGCUCGACCGAAUGACCUCCAAAUGCCCCGAAUCUCGUGCUUAGCCUUUCCUUCGACGUCUGGGACCUGAAAUAUGACAAAGUAGCACAACCCAGCGUAAAAUGGGCCAAAAUACAUGACUACGAGACGCAAACGGAUAAUAACUAAGGGUGCAAACAUGUGCAAAUACAUCGUUAUCACCGGUCGUCGUAGAACAAGGUCUAACGAUCUCCGGCGAAAUCGAUCAUGGGAAGCGGUUCAACCGGCAGUGCUCAAUCUCUUCACCUUUGCGACAAAGAGCUGGCGUUUCUCAGACCACCCAGGUUUGUUGGUAAAGAGUAUUCUCGUUGGAAGCAUUUGAUGAAACUAUUUCUGCUUUUGGUUGAUCCUAAACUUUGGUUUAUCAUUGAGAAUGGGUUGCUUAAAUUAAAGGAUGAUAACAUGAAAUGGGCUGAGAAUAAUACAGAAAAUUUACAGCUAAAUGCCAAAGCUAUGUAUAUUUUGCUGAGUGUUCUAGAAAUGGAAGAUUAUAAUCGUGCAUCUUGCUGCAAGACUGCGAAAGAAAUAUGGAAAAGUUUACAGGGAACUCAAGAAUUAUCUUCUAGCAAAGAGUACUCAGGUGUGAAGACAAAUAAAGUUAUGAAAAGAAAAGGCAGCCAAGUUGAUUUCGGGUGCUACAAUUGUGGAGAACUAGGCCAUGUGUGAUCUAGCUGUCCGUAUAAAGGUAAGAUUUCAGAAAGAACUAAAGCUGCAACUCGAAGAUGUUUUAUACUUGUCACUGAAAAUCUAAGCGAGAAAGAAGAUCAUUUUGCUCUCAUGGCUAGAGGAGAACCAAACUCCAAGGUAUGUGGUUCUAACUUUUCUAAUUCAAAAGAUGAUUAUUAUGAAUUUGAUGAUAGCUCAUCUAGCUACUCUGAAGUUACAAAAUCAGAACUUGUUGAUGACAUCCUUAGAGUUCAAACUUUGUAUUUAAAACUUGGUGCUAGGUUUAAGAACCUAAAAGAGGAGUUUGAAGAUAAGGUCUUUGAACUGAAAAGAGAGUUAGAGGAACUGAAACAUGAAAAAAUGAUCUUUGAUGACAAAGCAAAAUCUUUUGUUGGCGAAAACUCAGCUCUAAUGGUUGAAUUGGAAAAAUUAAGGAAAGAAAAUGAUAUUGACAAAGGUUCUGAUCUUGCGUCUGAAUUAGAAGCUCUAACGACUAUGAUAGCUUGCUUAGAAGCUGAAAAUGUUUCACUGAGAAGUAAACUAUCCGCUGCAGAAAAUAAAUGCUUGUUACUAGAGUCGGAUAAUGGAAAUCAAGCCAAAAUUUCUGGACUUUCUGGCUUUAUGUCGAUUAGAAACGUUAUAUGUCAUGCGUGCAAUAAACGAGGUCAUACUAGUCGAUAUUGCUUCCUAAACAACAAGAGUGUUUCUGUUUUAAAGAAAUAUAACUUGAGAUGUUCUUGGUGUCACAAAUCAGGACAUAUGAGCAAAUACUGCAGGUUUGGGCAUGAAAAUAAGUGGUUUGAUAAACCAUGUAAGUAUUCUCAUAACAAGGUAUUCAAACUAGUUUGGAUACCCAAAUCACAAUAUUGUUGAUUUUGCAGAAAUUAGUGAGGUGAGAGCAUAGCUUGAGUUAUGGUUUGUAUAUGAAUGUUCUCACCCAACUAUCUUUGAGUUAGCUUAUAUUGUUAAACUUUACUGCAUUUCUUCUCUGGUAUAACCUGACAAUUGAGUGAACAUUACUGCAUUUCACUCUUGAUUAGUAAGCUAUCCUUUCAUCUGAUACAAGCCUUACUCUAAUCCUAGAACAUUUUAUGACUGUGUUUUUCAUCUGAUGAGUGGAAAAUCAUAUCUAUUAAAAUAUGUCUUCAAGAAAGGUAUGGCUAUUUACAAUUACACGGGAAUCAUUGCUAUAUAAAUUGAUGAAAUACAGUUUAUGGUGAGUAAUUUACAUCUUCCAGAUUACUUAGAUGGGUGUUGAGAUGGCACAACCUAAAUGUCUUUUGCUCUGUUUGUAUGCAUGUGAUUAUCAUCAAAGGAUGAACUUAAUAGUGUUCUGUGGUAUGUGGAAAAAAGAACUAUGUGAAUAAUGUUCUGUACUUUGAAUGGACCCAGCACAUGACUGGUUGCAACUAAUGGUAGCUCUCAAUUUGAUGAAGCAUGUUAUAAAGUAACUCUGAUUUAAGAAAAUGUGAAAAUAUGGUUGAUAGCAUAUUGCUUGAUCUGAAUUCAUAGAAAAUCAUAUGGUAUGGCCUGUGUUCAGAGCAUGUUCCUUGUGAAAAUGGAUUUCUCAUAUCAUAUAACACUUUAAUAUGCUGAGAUUCUUCAGCUACUGCAUCAUUGACUUGACAAGGUGGAAGUUGGAACUCCUUGUAAAUAAGAUAUAUGUGCUUAUUGCCCAGCACAGUGUUUAAGAAAAGUUUUCUUUCUAAAAGGGGGAGGGCAUAAUCUCAGGGGAAUCUUGCAAACUCCUAAUACUUGUUCUGGGUUUAAUCACUCAUCAUCUUUAUAUGACAGCUUGCGUUUAGUGCGUGGACACUGCUGUCUUUUUACGGUUAGUUCAUGGUUACUUAUGACCUUGGAUUUUCAUGGUUACUUUAACUGGCUGAACCACAUUGAUAAGAGUAUAUUAAUUGAUGUGGCAAUCUGAAUGCUUUUCCUUUGAUUUUGAAUGAAAUUGCUACAUGAUUAAUGCUCUAGGGAAGUCUGAAGAAACAUGCCAGAGCCAUCUGAUUAUAAUGAGCCUAUGUUUGAAAAUUGAUAAAGCUUGUAUGCAUACAUAGGUAGUAUUUAUUAUAACGUUUUGAACUAACUACAUUGUCAAAAUGCUUAUAUGUUCAAAGGUAGCAUGCUCAAAAGUUAGUACAUUGAAAAUUUGUAUGUGAUCUCAUUAAAAUGUCUCUGCACUCGUAUUUCUCAAAGACCUUGGGAUACCUUCGCCCUUGUGCUUAUCAAAAGUUAGAUAAAGAAGCAGCUGCCACAAAAGCUUUUUAUCCGCAGCUCAAAGCAAAAGCACCAACAGCAAAAUCCCUUGUCCCUCUCACUCGUAUUUUUGCUGGCACCUCUCACAAUGGUCAUAUCCUGGAAGCUAUUUAAGAGCUUCUAAUCCCUCUCUUAACAUUUGGGUUGCUGAUGUGUCCAUGUUUGCUUGUUUACUCUGUAGAUUCAGGAGCUAUAGCUGGGUAAUCUAAGAGUGUUGGGUUCUUCUAGUUUCCUACAAUGGCUUGGGUUAUAGUGAUUUGGAUCUGGAUAGCCGGGUGGGUUAUAGUGAUCGAUAUCUGGGUAACCAAGUAUUGUGAGGGUUCUAGAGUCCUUUUUAGUUUCCUCAUUUUCUUCUUUUCUUUCUUGUUAAAAGCAGAUUGAUUCUGCAGAAUGAUGACGUACUUCAUUCCGAAUCCUUAAUAAAAUUUUCAGUAUCUUUUCCCCGAUUCGAAAGUCUUUAAAGCCCUAUCCUUUGAUUUCACAGAAGCUAUUGCAUAACACGAGUUUGAGUGCUUUGAUAGAGGACCACUUCGGACACUUCCUCGGGUACAAGAGAAGCUGCCAACAAGUCAUAUUCUAUCCAUAGAUAGAUUUCUUCUGUCUACACGAUGAUUUCUACAUCCGGCAUGGCUUCCCCCCCUCUCUCUCUCUCUCUCUCUCUCUCUCUCUCUAUAUAUAUAUAUAUAUAUAUAUAUAUAUAUAUAUAUAUAUAUAUGGAGUAAUCCCCUCUAUCACUUGGGUAUGUAAGAACCAUAGAUUGUAUGUUAGGAAGAGUUGUAUGAACCCUUUGCCAUGAAUGAUUGAUUGAUUUAUAUCUAGUUGAAGUACUUAUUCAGAAUUGCUUGAGUCUUGAUCAAAUUCUAGUGAUUCCUGGUUUGACCUUGAAAGAUAAACUCUGCAUAAGUCAAUAGAGCAUCUUGAAUUGGAGGUAGUGAAUCGGCGACUUUAGUCGAAAAGCCGAUUCACUGCUCUGUACUGGUUUAGAACCCAAUAGAGGGAGUUUGAAUCUUAUUGCCUCAGCUAGUUUACGCCGAUGGAGGUUAGUUGCAUGCCGGGUAUUCAAACUGAGAGGGUCCGGAGCGCUUUAGUCGAGACUCCAGACUGUUAGAAAACUUUGCGUAGUUUAAACAUCAAUCAACUUGACUUAGGUGAAUUACAACUUGGCCUAACUCACUACAAGAAAAUAACUUUUUAGUG